AUGGACCUCUUCGCGCCUGCCCCCGGCUUCGUCUCCUCGCCUGCGCUCCUCCCCUCCGCCGCGUCGCCCUUCACGCGCGCCGCGACGGCCCGCCCGCUGCUCCCGUCGCGCGCGCCUCGCAAGCCCUGCCGCGCGCGCUUCUUCGCGCUUGGCGCGCCACCGUCGCCGCCGUCGCAGCCCAGCGAGCGGGAUCCCAGCGAGCCGGAAAACGAGGAGGACGCCGCGCCGGAGGGCGAGGCCGCGCCGCCCGAGGGGGAUGCGCCGCCCGAGGUGACGGCGGACGACAUUCUCAAUUCGCCGGCCUUUCUGCGGAAGAAGCUGGAAAUCGUCCAGAAGGAGCUCAUGGACGCAAAGGAUGCACUCGGCGAGGACAGUGAGGCCAUGCAGGCGGAGAAGGACCGCUACGUCCGCCUGGCCGCCGACUUUGAAAAUUAUCGCCGGCGGAGCGCGGAGGACCUCAGGAAACAGGACACGAAGAGCACCGUCAAGGUCUGCAAGGAGAUCGUCACCGUGCUGGACAAUUUUGACAGGGCCAUUGAGGCUGUCACUCCGGAGACUGAGCGCGAGAAGAUCAUCAACAAUAGCUACCAGUCUAUCAAUAAGCAGCUGGCUGACGCGCUCACCAAGCUAAACGUGAUGCCAAUUGACGCCAUCGGGUCCGUGUUCGACCCUGAGAUGCAUGAGGCCAUCCAGAAGCUCGAGUCGGAGGAACACCAUGAGGAUGUCGUGUGCGCGCAGUACCAGCGCGGCUACAAGAUCGAGGAAACACUCAUCCGCGCCGCAAUCGUUGGCGUGUCGCAAGGGCCCGGGCCCGCGGUGGCUGACGGCGCGGAGGGGAAUGGCGUGGCGGAGGAGGGUGCAGAAGAGGGUGCGGAAGAGGGUGCAGAAGAGGGUGCGGAGGAGGGUGCGGACGGCGUUGCGGAGGAAGGGGUGGCCAAUGAAGUCGAGGCAGGCGGGCAAUAA